UUAUACUUCAAUGUAUUCGUUUAUGUUAUAUAUCGUUAACCUUUGUUUCAUAUUUUGAAGUUCCACAAAGGAUUCAAUCGUGUCAUUUCGACAUCAGUGUUUUAACAUUUUGACGACUGCAUAAAUCCGCUGUACAAAAAUGUUGCUACUAAAGGAACCUUACAUGGAUGAACCAUUUAUUUUCAAACCCCGCAAGGUGGAUCCAUAUAAAGGCUUAACAAACCCAGAGAAGAUUUUUGUCAAGGCAAUGAAAGUUGAACCUGUUAUGAUUACCAGGAAUUUGUUUGAUGACAACAAGCUUUGCUUUCCUCGUCCACAGACCAAUUUUACGGGGUAUGGCAUUGAUCGCAGAUGUAAUCAGUUUUAUAAAACAACUAAUUCUGAAUACGGCUUUCGUCCCCCUAACGAUUACACCAUUCCAAGACGUUUCUUCGGUAACAAACAUGAACUUACUUCAACCCUUACCGACUUCUCUCCACAUAUGGGCCUACGUUAUACUCUUAACCUGUUGAAAAAGCCAAACCGCUAUAUACGUUUGGCAACUAAGAAGCAUUAAGUUUCCUUUAGUAAGCUUUUGAAAUGCGUACUUUUGAUACAUUUAUCCCAUUCCAAAAUUUUCCGUGAAUGUAUAUUAGAAGAUAGAAAUAUAUUUUGUACAGAAAUAUUAAA